AUGAGAGCAGCUGACAUGAUCACUAAUAGUAUUUGUCUUUACGUCGAUGUCUUCCUGCUGAUCGUUUGUAUUCUUCAAAUUCUUGCAAAUUUUGUUGUGCUACUUGCUUGGUGCACAUCAAAACGGCUGAUUCGCAAUGACAACUUGAUUCUACUAAUCUCACUAGCAUUCAUCGACUUUGUCUACGCCGUUCUACAGUUUCCUUAUCUGAUCAUUCUGAUUGCUGGAACAAAACCCGAUGAUAUUCCACUGGACUACGAUCCAUGGGUGAUAGUUCCACUUGCGGGACCAUCGGCAGCUUUGAUGAAAUCAGGAUGUACGGUUACGACGGCAAUCGCUGUCGAUCGAAUAAUAGCGUUGUGCUUCCCGAUGCAGUAUUACAAACGUUCAAAGCGAAUGUAUGUUCAUUCUUUCACUUUAGAUGCUGUGCCAAAGAUAUACCGUGUUCCAGUGCUUGAGCAAGUAGCUUGA